GAGAGAGAGAGAGAUGCAAUUAUAUAGACUUGUAGCUUUAUUCUCAGCUAGUCCAGAUUUUUUUGUCAGAUUCUCCAUCCACCACUUAUUGUCUAUAUUCCUCUGCCACUAAUAAGGGUGAUUGUUAAAUUAAUCGGAAAGAUGGAUAUAAAUAGAGAAGAGAUCGAAGAUGCUUGCGACGAAAAAGAAGAAGGAUCUCCCAGUAACAAAUUAUUAUCGGUAUCUUUGUGCUGGGAGAAAACACUUGCGUUUGUGUCAACUGCUCAUGCUCACCCUCGAGGCCUUUUCAUUCAUCCUCAGAGCUGGGGAUAUGUGUUGUGGACACAAUUCAUACUAAUAUGGGCAGUUUACUCCUCCUUUUUCACCCCGCUGGAAUUCGGUUUCUUCAGAGGUUUGCCAGAGAAUUUGUUCCUCCUUGACAUUGCUGGUCAGCUUGCUUUCCUCAUCGACAUCGUCAUUCACUUCUUCGUCGCCUAUUGGGACUCUCAUUCUCAUUCUCUCGUCUUUAAUCACAAUCGCAUUGCCAUAAGGUAUUUGAAAUCACGUUUUCUAAUUGAUUUUCUAGGUUGUUUGCCUUGGGAUGUUAUUUACCAGGCUAGUGGCAGGAAGGAACCAGUCAGGUAUCUAUUGUGGAUUAGAUUAAGCCGGGCUGUCAGAGUGACCGAAUUAUUUGAGAAAUUAGAAAAAGAUAUUCGUGUCAAUUAUCUUUUUACAAGGAUCAUCAAACUUUUUGUUGUUGAGCUCUAUUGCACGCAUACAGCUGCUUGCAUAUUUUACUAUCUGGCUACUACACUGCCACCGGCACAGGAAGGUUAUACAUGGAUAGGAAGUUUAAAGAUGGGUGACUACAAUUACUCUCAUUUCAGAGAUAUUGAUCUUUGGACGCGCUACAUUACAUCAUUAUAUUUUGCCAUUGUUACGAUGGCAACUGUUGGUUACGGAGAUGUACAUGCAGUGAAUAACAGGGAAAUGAUAUUCAUCAUGAUUUUUGUCUCCUUGGACAUGAUUCUUGGUGCGUAUUUACUUGGUAAUAUGGCUGCACUGAUCGUAAAAGGAUCAAAAACUGAGAAGUUUAGAGAUAAGAUGUCAGACCUUUUGGAAUACAUGAACCGAAAGAAACUGGGUAAGCAGAUAUUUAAUGAGAUAAAAGGCCAUGUACAAUCACAAUAUGCGAACAGUUGCACAGAGGCUGCUGUCCUCCAGGAUAUUCCAAUUUCCUUUCGAGCCAGGAUCUCAGAAAGGUUAUACGUGCCGUAUAUAAGGGAGGUUCCUAUUUUCAAGGGUUGCUCAUCUGGAUUCGUUAAACAGAUAGCGAGCAAGGUACAUGAAGAAACUUUCCUUCCAGGAGAAGUAAUUGCAGAGCAAGGAGAUUUUAUGGAUCAGCUCUAUAUAGUUUGUCAUGGAAAAUUAGGAGGCACUGAAGGUGAAUUCGAAGAACCUGUUCACUUUCUACAGAGUCACAGUUCACUAGGCGAAAUGUCUGUUCUUUGUAAUAUCCGAUUACCGUACACAGUUCAAGUCCUUGAAAAUUCAAAGUUGCUAAGACUUGAUAAGCAAUCAUUCCUAAACCUUCUUGAUGUGUACUUCUCAGAUGGGCGGUUCAUCAUCAAUAAUCUACUUGAGGGAAAAACAACCAUCCUUCAGAACAAGAUCUUAGAGUCUGAUAUAGUACUUCAUAUUGGGCAACAUGAAUCUGAGUUGGCUAUGAAAUUAAACUGCGCUGCCUUUUAUGGAGACCUCCCCCGCUUAAAACGUUUAGUUGCAGCUGGAGCGGAUACCAGCAACACUGAUUAUGAUGGGAGAUCACCUCUGCAUCUUGCUGCAUCAAAGGGAAAUGAAGAUAUUGUUAAGUUUCUCCUUCAAAAAGAGGCAAGAGUCAGCAUCACUGAUAACUAUGGAAACACUCCAUUACAUGAAGCGAUAAAGCACAGUCAUGAAAGUGUUGCUUCUUUGCUAGUAAAAUCAGGGGCUUCUCUUGAUAUAAUCGAUGCUGGGAACUGUCUCUGUAUGGCUGUUGUUAGAGAGGAUUUCGAUUACUUGAGGAAGGUCAUGGAAAUUGGAGCAAACCCAAAUUCUAAAAAUUAUGAUCUGCGGACCCCACUUCAUUUAGCUUCAUCCAAAGGAUUAUAUGCAAUCGCACAUGUACUUUUGGACGCUGGAGCAAGUGUAUUUGCAAAGGACAGAUGGGGAAACACUCCGCUUGAUGAAGCAAGGAUAGGUGGAAAUAAGACUCUAAUACAGCUACUGGAAAAUGCAAAGCAUGAUCAGCUUUUGAAGUUCCCUAAUUGUUUGAAGGGAUUCCAAGAUGUGCAAAGGAAAUGCACUGUUUUUCCCUUCCACUCAUGGGAUCACCAAGAAAGAAGACUAGGGGUUGUGCUUUGGAUUCCACAAAACAUUGAGGAGCUCAUCGAGGCGGCAAAAAAGCAGCUUAAGCUUCCAGGUUCUUGUUAUAUAAUAACAGAGGAUGGGGGUAAGAUUCUGGACUUGGGAAUGAUUUGUGAUGGCCAAAAGCUAUUUUUGGUGAGUGAUAAUUCUGAAACUUAGGCCUAACUGUAUUACUGAAAAUAAGCAUAGUUAAGCUAAAUAUAAAAGUCCAGGGUGGUAGCUGGAAUGUUUACAUACACACUGUAACCGAUGAUGAUGCAGAUUUGUAUAAAGUUUACUUAUUUGUAUCAUCUUAAUCAAGUGAAUAUAUGUAAACCACAUCAGUCGGGAUAUCAA